GCUCAGACCAUGCGAGAUGCGGAGAAUCCAUAACCGAGGCAUUCGGGCUUGGCGUUCUCUCCUCUAACUAACUAGUUGUUCAUUAUCCUGUCUCAUUAUCAUCAACAUCUAUCUCACAACAACUUCAACAAUCAACAGACAUCCAACCGAUAUAAAGAAAAAAUUCUUCAAAAAAUGUCCGCCCUCAAAUCAACCGCCAUCGGCUGGCUUCUGGUCUCUGUAGGCCAUACUAUCUCAGCAAAAGACUGGCAAUCCACCCCCAAAUUCACCUCCCUGCCCACCCUAGCCUCAACAUGCGCCAAAGCAGGCUGGUACCAAGGGAGUGGGUUUUUCGUCAUGAACGCCCUCCUCAACUACGCCUGGUCCCAAGACCCCUCCCUCCUGCAACAGCCCAUCCACAAGGCCAUCGCAGCCGUCAUGGUGGCCAUCGUGUGGGUUAGUGCGGGGUGGUAUGCGAAGCGCGGGGUGGGCAGUAAUGCUGUGGCUACUGCGGUUAUUGGGGGGUUGCAGGGGUAUGCUGCUUUUUGUUAACUUUUCUUCCUUCUUUGCCUGUUCUCUUGGUACUUUGUACAUGGGCGGGAGCCUCGGUGUUGAUUCUUGGGCUUGAUGUACGGAAAGUGAGAGGUGAGAAGGAGGAGGAGAAGAAGGAGAAGGAGAAGGAAGGAGAAGGAAGGAGAAGGAAGGAGAAGGAAGGAGAAGGAAGGAGAAGGA